GAUUGGAAGAUUCUUUGGUGAAAUUGAUCCUGGCUUGAUGCGAAAUCUCAUUAACAUGUCAUUAUAUGCAUUUAACAAGUCGUACGAUUAUCAGUCUGUAUGUGAUCCUGAAGAAGAACCAAAGCAAGGAGCUGGGCUUCGUUCUGCAUAUGUGCCAACAAUAGCAGAUAUUUUGCAUUUAGGAUGGUGGGCCUCUGCAGCUGCCUGGUCUAUCUUACAGCAGUUGUUUCUGAGCCUGACUUUUCCUCGUUUCCUGGAAGCAGUGGACAUGGAUGACGAUGAUUUGACGGCUGCCCUGUCAAAACAGAGCUGCAUUACUGAGCAAACUCAGUAUUUCUUUGAAAAUGAUGAUAAAUCCUUCAUGGGGAUCGUAGACUGUAUUAACUGUUCCAGACUUUAUCAUGCGGAGAAGAUUUCAAACACCAAUCUAGUAUUCAUAAUCAGUGACAGCCAAUUUCUGUGCCGCUCUUGUGAUCCAAAACCAUUGAUGCAAGCAGAAAAGCCGGAUGAAGGGCCAAAUCCCUGUGAAAUGGUUAAGCAGCCUAGAUACAGGAAGGGGCCAGAAGUCUGUUUUGAUCAAGCGGAGCAGGAUCAGCCUAUAUGCACAACGAGUCGUGCCUCUGCCAUGAUGUCCGCUCCUAUCUUCAUUUUUCUGCAAGUUUUCAUAUGGUGUGGAUGGAAGAUUCAACAGACUGUGGUGGGGUCUCUGGUCUGAACCCAUCACUUUGGUCUAUGAUUGGAAUCCAGUUUUUCCUGCUUUGGCUGUUAUCUGGUAGCAGACAUUGUCAGUUAUGACCCUGUUAAACCAAAACCUGCAUACCUAAUCAAGACCCUGCCAAAACAUUAGCCCUCAGUUUCAUUUUAAAAGGGGUCAACUAUUCAAACAGCAGAAGAACAGCAAAGCCCGUGACUUGGUAUCACUCUGUGCAAAAGACUCAAAAGGGCACCCACAGUGGCUGCAUGUUGGAGUCAGAUCCUUAAACUUGUGUGAAUGCUGCAUCAUCUAUGCCAUCUGAACAGAAUUUGUGUGCGCUUCAUGGAGGAAUCUUAAUUUGUUGGUUAUGGUAUCAUUGAUGACUUCAUGUAUAAGGGCUCCCCUUAGGUAGCUUAUGGUCAAUAUGAUUUCUGUUUAUUUUGAACUUAACUUUGCAUUUGUUGCAGACCUUGCAACACUUCUUCAUGAGCACUUGUAAAGAUGAUAUUUCUUGAAUGCUCUUUCUUCACUUUAUUCAGACCCUCACGGCUGCUGUGAACAUCAGUUGUGUCCAGAAUAUAUAAUAGACUCCAGUUCAUCCAAAAUGGUUUAGGGAUAUGAAAAUAUUGGCUAGUUGUCUUCAGAAAUUCACCGUGACUGAAAUGCCUUAUGCUGAGUGGCUUGUUCUGCCAAAAUUAAUCAAAACGGGUGGCCCGCUAAGUUUUGGUAGGUUCUUAAACUGUUGGUUUAAAAACCAAAUAAAGUCAAGCAAGCAAGAAGCUACUGAAUUUAGACAUAUAAAGGUGCUUGGGAGUUCAAUGUUUUAACAAAACCAGUGGUUUUCCUCUUAAAUUCAGUGUCAUGUCCCCUUCACAAAAAUGUUAAUUUUGAUGUAAUAUUCUCCCGUUUCUUCACAGUGCAGUUACAUAAUGCUAGUCAAAUCCUUCAAAAUGCUCAAACAAAAAACUUGUGAAUAAAAAAAUGUCUUUGUGAUUAUUGAACGUUGGUUUCCAAGGGUAUUUUGCAUGAUGAUGCUGCUACUUUAUUGUUUUUAAGGUUUUUUUUUUCUUUUUGAUGGUAGAGUAUAGUCCAUUGACAAGAUAAAUGAGUGAUUUUUUUUUGUUGUGUGAGAAACUAAACAUUGCAAUGUGAUGCGAAUAAAUCAUCAUAAAUUAUAUUGUUAAACGGAGCUCUGAAUAUACUGUGCAAUGAAAAAGCUAAGAAAGUAAUUUAGUUGCCUGGUAAAAGAGAUGAGGUGAGUUUUAUACAGAUUAGUGCACUCAUAUGAAAACCUGUGUACAGAUAUUUUAAGUAUAUAUAAAUCAGAUCUGACGCAUUUAUUUUUGAAGAGUAUAUGUUCUCAAAGAUUCAUACCAGGUUCCCCCUUUGUUUCUACAAUACAGUUGCACCUGUAAUAUUAAACCUCUAGCUGUUGCUAUUUUAUAUUGAAAAUAGCAAAUUUAACAAAACAAGAUUUUCCUGGUUGCUGAAAUUAGAACAUAAUCUGAACAAAUGGGGAGCCUUGAAUCUAUAUGUAUGCACAUUGAUCCUUGAUUGUGAAUAAUAAUUACAAAAAAACAGUUGUUUUUAUACAACCUUGUUGGUGAUACAAAUUGGUGCAGUAAAUUACAAUAUUACAGUGUAGAAUAGUGUAGAUGCAAAAUAUGAUUUGCGCUUUUUUCUAGUUUUCAAAACUAAACAGUAUUGCAAGACAGCUAAACCAAUGAAUGUGCAACUCUGCUGAUAUUGUACAAUUCUGCUAACAGCUGCAAUAUGCAAAUAUUAAUAUGGUACAAUAGCUCUUAAAAAUAACAAAAUGCAAAGCGUUGGUAUGCAUAUGCUGGCAAAUGACUCUGAUAUAAAUUUGAUUACAUCAAAAAUCUUACAGAGAAAUUAUUGGACAUGCAUGAACAUGCCAUGAAAGUUAGAGAAGUUCCUCAAACCCCAUGGUAUGACUUCAACAAUUGAAUCUCUACUUGUAGCUGUGCCCAUAGUUGGUUGGUUGUUUUUCACAUGUACCCUUGGUUCCAGCUGUGUAUGUUCUCAUGUUUAGGAGUUCAAUAGGGGAAACAAUAAAAAACAAACAAAACCCCCUUCCAAUCUUUGUGUUGAAUUAUCACCAUUGGCCUUUUGAUCCCUUUAGUAUAGGCAUAUGAUUAAAAAUAGAACUGACUGAGCUUGGUAGCUCCAGUUUAUCUCCACUGAAGAUGAGCUGCUUUCACCUGUAUGGAGUGAGGAUUAGAGCAAAACUUUCCAGUAGCUGCAGUUCUCUUCACCCUCCCUUCCCCUGCUGCCAAAUGCAAGAAUUUUUCCAACAUUGAGGCUCUAUGCUUCAAACCCCCAAACAUGAAAAAACAACAUGCUUAUAGGACUGUAAAGAUCAAACUCUUAAGAUUGCACAUUAGUUUGUAUUUGCUUUUUUUGAUUACUUGAAAGAUCUAUUAAGUGCUUUAUGUUUAAAUAGUUCAACUUAGUUUUCCAGGGGGGAAAAAACAUGUAAUGGAAAAAUAAAAUACUUCAACUUUUAAAUCAUGCAUACUUGACUAGAUUUGCUAGCAUGUGUGAGCCAUAUCCUGAGUUACUUAGGAUAGGUACUUAUAGGCAAAUCCCAAAGGGAAGGGUGGUGUAGAACCAUGCUGCCACAGGAGGACCACUGGUACCCUGUGUCUCUGCUCCUAUCCAUUGAAGGUACAACGCAACCGUAGAUUAGGAGGAAAGGAAUACCCUUGCAAGACUGUGGGAUGGGAAUUUUUCCUGGCCCAGGCAAAGAACCAGGGGCUGUUUGCAUCUCUCUUGGCCCUCUCUUCUCCUUUAAAGUCAGUGGGAACUGUGCUCUUAAAUCACUCUGGCACUUUUGAUAAUCCCAUUCUUUACAAGUACUCAGUCAUCAAAGCCGGGCCUGUCUGAUGAUGGGCCCAGUAUUAUUUUAUUUUUUAAUAAGGCUUACUACAGAAAAAUGAAGUCUGACUGCUGUUUGCAGAGAGCUGUUUAUUUUCUGGGUAUAUGUAAAUGAUAUCCAAAUGUUUGAAAAUGCACUAUAUAGAUAUAUAUAUAAAAUAUUUAUCUGUGAGAAAACCAAACAAAAUAUGAACAUUACCUUGGCCAAAGUGCUUGGAUCCAUCUUUUAGAAACCACUUCUGUGAGUAGGAAAAGUUUUUUGUUGGUUACAGGGAAGUUUGGUAUGUAUUUUCUCUCAUAUAACAGAGUUUGUGAAAGAACACGCUCAAAUCCUUGAUUUUAACAUGGAAAGAUUUUUAAAUUAUAUUGUAAAAAUUGCUUUAAUAUUUUUAGUUAUUAAAUAAGAAGUUGGAUUGGUAUUUGAUUAAAGCCUCUAAACAAGAGCUACAGACAAGCUGUUUGAACUGUUUUGGUUUUACACAGUCAUCUCAUUACCUAAUG